CCUUGCACAGCCUUUUCUCUCUCCUCUCUUUUCUCUUAAGCAGAGGCGCUGUUACAAUCCCACCUAAGCCUAGCUUUUUUGCCAGGCAAUAUUUUUCUACUCCUCUCACACAGCUGAGUUCUGCUUGGUUAAUCAUCUUUUUGUCGGUGCAGGACACAGUCCUUGUUAUAGUCCUUGAUGUGAACUACUGCACAACAUAGCCUACAGAUGGACAUACGAGGUGCGAAGAAAAGACUGCAUGAAAAAUGGCAUGCAGUCUGCUUUUUUGCUUUAACAUAUCUCUUGGAUGCAGUCUGGGGACAGAUCCGCUAUUCAAUCCCAGAAGAAUUGGAGCACGGGGCUUUUGUUGGAAAUAUAGCAGAGGACCUGGGCUUGGAUUUGGAGAAGCUUUCUGCACGCAGAUUCAGGAUAGUCUCGGGUGCCAAGAAACAGUAUCUGGAGGUAAAUUUAGAAAAUGGGGUUUUAUUUGUCAACGAGAGAAUUGAUCGUGAAGAACUAUGUGAGCAGAGUUUGUCCUGUUCCUUUCAUUUGCAAGUGGUCAUAGAAAACCCUCUGGAACUGUACAGGGUAGAGAUGGAGAUUUUGGACGUGAAUGAUAACUCUCCUAGUUUUCCUUGGACCGAGUUUAAUCUGGAUAUAUCAGAGUCCGCUGCGCCAGGGUCCCGUUUCCCGUUGGAGAGCGCACAGGAUUUGGACGUGGGCUCCAACUCGCUCCGCACGUAUUUGUUGAGUGUAAAUGAACAUUUCGUCUUGGACAUCCAGACGCGGAGUGAUGGCAGUAAAUUUGCGGAACUAGUCCUACAGAACCCACUGGACAGAGAGCAGCAGAGCACGCAUCAAAUGGUCCUGACGGCAGUGGACGGAGGCGCGCCGGAGAGGUCUGGCACUGCGCAAAUCGAUAUCACAGUUUUGGAUGCAAAUGACAAUGCGCCGGUGUUUGAUCAGUCGUUUUACAGAGUGAGACUUGUUGAAAAUGCACCAAAAGGCACGGUUGUCAUUAAACUUAAUGCGUCUGAUUUAGAUGAGGGUCCCAACGCUGAUAUCACUUAUUCAUUCAGCGGACACGCUCCCAUCAAAGUGCGCCAGCUGUUCAGCGUCGACUCUCGCACCGGCGAAAUCAAAGUCAAAGGAGUGAUCGAUUACGAGAAGGCAAGAAUGCAUGAAAUUUAUGUCCAGGCUAAGGAUAAAGGGCCCUCGGCUGUAGCGGUUCACUGUAAAGUCUUGGUGAAUGUUUUGGAUAAAAAUGACAACCUCCCGGAAGUGAUUUUGACAUCUGUGUCCACACCUGUCCAGGAGGACGCACCCCCGGGUACGGUGAUAGCUGUCAUCAGCGUAAUGGACAGAGACUCUGGUGAGAAUGGGAAUGUGGACUGUGAGAUCCCCCAUCACAUCCCCUUUCAGCUCCACUCCUCCUUCAAGAACUACUAUACAUUGGUAACUUGUGAUUUUUUGGACAGAGAGACAGUCGCCGAGUAUAACAUCACGCUUACCGCCCGAGACAUGGGCACCCCACCCUUAUUCACUCGGAAAACUAUUCUAGUCCAAGUGUCCGAUGUGAAUGAUAACGCACCUCACUUCAAACAGCCGUCCUACACGGUGUAUUUGACCGAGAAUAACGCACCGGGUGCAUCAAUUUGUUCGGUGACUGCCCUGGAUCCAGAUUCGGGUCAAAAUGCGUAUCUCUCCUACUCUAUAGUAGAAGGUGAUAUUCAGGGAAUGCCUGUGUCCACAUACGUGUCCAUAAACUCAGACAACGGCAACCUUUACGCGCUGCGUUCGUUUGACCACGAACAACUAAGAAACUUUCAGAUCAUAGUUCAAGCGCAAGAUGCGGGCUUCCCGCCCCUGAAUAGCAACGUUUCCGUGAACAUCUUUAUUUUGGACCAAAAUGAUAACGCACCCGUUAUCGUGUCACCGGUGCCGCAAAAUGGCACGGCUCCCACCGAAGCGGUGCCCAGAUCAGUUGACGCUGGUUACCUUGUUACCAAAGUCACAGCGAUGGACGCAGAUGCAGGCCAGAACUCGCGUCUUUUUUACCAGAUGCUCCAGGCAACAGACCCGAGCUUGUUCAGCAUCGCUCUGUACACAGGCGAAAUCAGGACGAUACGCAGAUUAGUGGAGAAAGACCCCACCAGGCAAAGACUGGUCAUUCUGGUCAAGGACAAUGGUCAGCCGCCCCUCUCGGCCACAGUUUCCAUCAUCCUGUCAGUGGUUGACAGCUUGCCAGAUACGCAGCCCGAUUUGGGUGACCUGUCACUGAGCCCACAUCACAGCUCCAACUUCACCCUCUAUUUAAUGGUGUCCCUGGGCGCAAUCUCAUUCACGUUUCUGGUGGCUAUUAUUGUCCUGAUUGCAGUAAGGGGAUUGAAGGGCAGACCAUCCAGCCGAGAGUACAGCUUCCCCUCCGUCUGUGGGUGCUGCUGCUGUUCACGGUCAGAGACAUCCACCGCCACGGAGGUGUUCAAAAAGUCCAACUUAAACAUGCAAAUGUCCACAGGCUCCUCGAACUGCACCGAUGCAAACGGCAGCAGCUCCCUCUCUCAGGUGUAUUGCUAUAAAAUGUGUAUGACACCAGAAUCGUCCAAAAGUGACUUCAUGUUCCUCAAGCCCUGCAGUCCGAUAAUGGCAAUACCCCAGAACAAUGCCAAGAGCACAGACUACCUGACCUCUGGCUGGAGCGCGCUGGACCGCAACGAGCUGGCCAACAACAGAGCCACAACCCCAAAUGAGCUUAAGCACUCAAACAGGGACUGGACCUGGACAAAGAACCAACAGAACUCAGCCUACAAGAGGUAUUGUUCGGUAAAUAUGGAGAGCACUCUUCCACGUCAGCCCAAACACGAUCCAGAUGGCUUUUCCUGCUCUGUGGCACCACAGUACUGGACCUGGGGAAAUCAUAUGCGUGACUGCAGGAUGUCUCUUCAGGAGGGAACAGUUCCUAACUACUCAUGGACUCCAAGGUACACACAGCCCACGUCCACUCAGCCACCACCAGACUACCAGCACAAUGUGUACAUUCCUGGCACCGCAUCUGGCUACUGCACUCUGAAGCUGGCACCUAGAGGUGAACUGGAUGUGUACAACACCUUCUCCACAUUUGGGAAGAAAAGGAGAUACCUCUCAACGUAUGAACAGACUCUUGACAGAGAUGAUGGUCUCAUCAGCAAUGAUAUCUUUAAGUGAUAGACUAAAAUUAUAUGGUGUGAGUGUGGAUGAUUUGUGUCAUUAAUUCAUUAGUUCUAUCAGUAACAGAAAAUCUCCCAAGCAGCAGCAUUGCUCCUGGAGGCUGGGAGACUAAGCCUCUCCUACUCCCAGUGCAAUUGUGCACCACUUCUUGUAUCAUCUUGAAUCCACAGUUAUCUUAGUUUAUGUAUAUUAUUUUGAACUGAGGUAAUUUUUGAUUGUCAGCGAUCUACAAAGACUGACAGUGUGAUAUGGUUAAACAUGAAUUUCAAAUCUCAGUUUUUGUAAAAAAAAAAAAAAAAAAAAAAAAGAAAAAAGAAAAGAAAGAAAGAAAGAAAAAAAUUUGUAAAUUUGUAAAUACUGGAAUGAAGUAUUUUAAGUGUUGGUGGGCUGUUCAAAUAAUUUUCUAACAAGUCAAGCCUGUAAAGAAUAUAUGUGUUUAUAGCCAACACAAAUACAUGUGUUUUAAUAUACUCAACAACAGAGAGAAUCCCUUGUUAGGGGAUAAUUAUGAUUAUAUCCUGGUUGGACAACCAAGGUGCAAAAUUUACAUUGGCUACGGGUAUAUUUGUUAUUUCAUCACAACUUCUAUCAUUUAGUCAGGAAGGAUGCAUUAAAUGAGUCACAAAAAAAUGAUUUUGCUCACAUUUCUAUUGUAUCUUUAAAAUCAAGUCUGGAAAUGGUGAAGCUCCCAUUUUGCUUGCAAGUCUAUGAAUUUUGGCAGCAGUCCAGCCAAAAUACGCAUACAGUCAAUGAAAAGAGGGAGUAGAGGGAAUGUGCAGGAAAGAGGUACAGGCAGAUAUAAAUAAAUAGCAUAACAAGAGACAUGGCAGCUCUUGUCAAGCAAGGUGUGGACAUACAGCAGAGCAGAUUGAUCUCAAACAAUCUAAGUGUUUGAAUCAGAUUUCAUAAAAAACACAAGAAAAUGAUGAGUGUAACCAUAGCUGUUAGUGCUUCCUGGUGUAUAAACAGGUUUGUGAUAUAGACAUAAUCACUCAGUGGUCAUAUGCAUUUCAUAAUUACUUGGAAUGAUUAGUGAGUCUAAUUUAUUUAUGUAUAGUUGAAUUAGAUUUUUAUUUUUUUGCUGUAAUGGCUACAUACAUAGUCUAUGUACAAAUAUCAAUAAAGCUGUUCUUAGCUCUGUA